AUUCUUUUUAAUGCGAAGAAGCAACGUAAAGACUGGAUAACAAACAGGAAAUGCCUAACUCGGCUGCGAGGCGGACGGGCGGUGCAGAGCGCUGAGCUCCACCGGCAGCGCAGCUUCCCCGGGCGCGCCGGCGGCAGGACCGCUCCCGCCACCCCUGCCCUCCGCCCGGGCUCCCGGCCCCCGGCUCGCAGAAGCCCAGGCAUGGCUGCCUCCUACUGGAUGCUGACAGCUCUCUUUCAGCUUGUUUGCACUUCCAAUGUUGAUGUGAAAAAUGCACUGACCUUCAGUGGGCCUCUGGAAGACAUGUUCGGGUACACAGUCCAACAGUAUGAAAAUGAGGAAGGGAAAUGGGUACUUAUUGGCUCACCACUAGUUGGACAACCUGCGAAAAGAACAGGAGAUGUCUACAAAUGCCCUGUAGGAAGGGACAGCCCAUCACCCUGCAUGAAACUGAAUUUACCAGCUUCUACUUCAGUUCCUAAUGUCGUGGAAGUAAAAGAAAACAUGACUCUUGGAACAACCUUAGUGACUAACCCAAAAGGAGGGUUUCUGGCAUGUGGACCACUUUAUGCUUAUAAAUGUGGACGUUUGCAUUACACAACUGGAGUUUGUUCUAAUGUCAGCUCCACUUUUGAAACUGUUGAGGCCAUUGCUCCAUCUGUGCAAGAGUGUAAAACACAGUUGGAUAUCGUCAUAGUCCUUGACGGGUCAAACAGCAUUUAUCCGUGGGAGAGUGUCACAGACUUUCUGAACAGCCUCCUGAGAAACAUGGAUAUAGGUCCUCAACAAACACAGGUUGGAAUUGUUCAGUAUGGACAGACUGUAGUCCAUGAAUUUUUCCUGAAUACAUACUCAACAACAGAAGAUGUGAUGGCUGCAGCCUCGAGAAUACGCCAGCGAGGUGGCACACAAACCAUGACAGCCUUGGGAAUAGACACAGCCAGGGAAGAAGCUUUUACUGAGGCUCACGGUGCACGAAGAGGAGUACAAAAAGUAAUGGUUAUUGUGACUGAUGGGGAAUCACAUGACAACUACAGAUUACAAGAAGUGAUUGAUGAUUGUGAAGAUGAAAACAUUCAGAGAUUUGCUAUUGCUAUUCUUGGCAGCUACAGCAGAGGAAAUUUAAGCACUGAGAAAUUUGUAGAGGAAAUAAGAUCAAUUGCCAGUAAGCCUACUGAAAAGCAUUUUUUCAAUGUCUCAGAUGAAUUAGCUCUUUAUACCAUUGUUGAAGCACUUGGAGAGAGAAUAUUUGCCCUGGAAGCAACAACAGACCAGCAGGCCUCCUCUUUUGAAAUGGAAAUGUCUCAAGCUGGUUUCAGUGCUCAUUAUUCUCAGGACUGGAUCAUGCUCGGAGCAGUUGGAGCGUAUGACUGGAAUGGCACAGUGCUCAUGGUGAAAGACAGUGGUAUUUCAAUGCCAACUAAUGACACCUUUCGUGACCGGCGUUCAGAGAGAAAUGAACCUCUUGCAGCCUACCUAGGAUAUACUGUGAAUUCAGCACUGACACCUGGAGGUGUGCUGUACAUAGCAGGACAGCCACGAUACAAUCACACUGGCCAAGUUAUUGUUUAUAAGAUGGAAGGAAAAGAGGUGCAAGUGAUUCAGAGAUUAAAUGGAGAACAAAUUGGGUCAUACUUUGGGGGCGUUAUCACCACAGUCGACAUUGACAGGGACUCAUUUACAGACCUUCUUCUUGUUGGAGCUCCUAUGUAUAUGGGAACUGAGAAAGAGGAGCAAGGGAAGGUAUAUGUUUAUAGUCUGAACAAGACAAAGUUUGAAUAUCAGAUGAGUCUUGAACCCAUAAAGCAAACGUGCUGCUCUCCAUUAAAACAAGACACCUGCAAAGUUCUUAAGAAUGAGCCUUGUGGUGCACGCUUUGGGACUGCGAUUGCUGCAGUGAAGGAUCUCAACCUGGAUGGGUACAAUGACAUUGUGAUAGGCUCUCCCUUAGAAGAUGACCAUCGGGGAGCUGUUUAUAUUUAUCAUGGCCGUGGCAAGGCAAUCAGUAAAAAAUAUUCACAGCGUAUUGCAUCAGGUGGAGAUGGGGAAAAAGUGAAAUUUUUUGGCCAGUCUGUGCACGGAGAAAUGGAUUUAAACGAUGACGGGCUGAUUGAUGUUACCAUCGGAGGCCUUGGUGGGGCUGCCCUCUUCUGGUCUCGUGACGUGGCUGAAGUAAACGUUUCCAUGCAAUUUAUACCUAAAAGCAUCAAUAUUCAACAACAAAAUUGUCAGAUAAAUAUAAGAAAAACGAUAUGCAUAGAUGCCACAAUUUGUUUUAAGACCAGACUAAAGUCAAAAGAAGAUAUAUUUGAAUCCAGUCUGCAGUAUUGGAUUACCCUUGAUGCACAAAGACAGAUAUCUCGAAGCUUGUUCACAGAAAGCCAUGAGAGGAAAAUGCAAAAAAAUAUAACUGUCAAAGGAUCAGAAUGUACAAAACAUAACUUCUACAUGUUGGAUAAGCCUGAUUUUCAGGACUCGGUAAAGGUUUUGCUGGAAUUCAAUUUUUCUGAUCCAGAGAGUGGACCUGUUCUUGAUACCAACUUGCCAAAUUCAAUAGCAGAAUAUAUUCCUUUCACAAAAGAUUGUGGAGCCAAAAAUAAAUGCAUUUCAGAUCUUGUUCUGAUUGUGAAAGCAAGCAUAGCUGGAGACAGCUCUUCUCCAUUCAUUGUAAAGUCACGCAACGAUAAGUUCACCAUCCAGCUCUCUGUGAAGAACAAAAAAGACAGUGCCUAUAAUACCAGAGUUUUGGUUCAGUAUUCUCCAAAUAUUAUUUUUGCUGGCAUUGAGGAUAUACAGAAAGAUAGCUGUGAAUCUAAUCACAACAUCACCUGUAAAGUGGGAUAUCCAUUUCUAAAACCUGCAGAAGAGAUUUCCUUCAAAAUAUCAUUCCAAUUCAACGCAUCGUAUCUCCUGGAAAAUGCAACUAUUCAUGUAUAUGCAACAAGUGACAGUGAAGAACCACCUGAGACCCUGAGUGACAACAGAGGACAUGUUACAAUUCCAGUAAAAUAUGAAAUAGGGCUAAUAUUUGUAAGUGUUUUCAAAGAACACCAUAUUAUAAUUGCAGCAAAUGAUACUGUCCCUACUGCUAUUAACACAACAGAGCAGAUCGGGGAUGAAGUUACUCUGCAUUAUAGGAUUGAAAAAGGUGAGCACUUUCCAAUGCCAAACCUCACACUGCAGAUCUUAUUUCCCAAUGUAACAGCUGCCAAAAACACUCUUCUCUACCUUACUGCAUUGUCACAUUCCCAGCAGUCCUCUGGCUUCUUCCUUCUCUGGGGCACUGAGACAUCUUGAAGGGGAUGGUAGGUUUUAUGUUUCAA